GUCAGGUGCAACACUGCAACCAACACAAACUUAUACCACAGCCUUUGAGCAGAGACCUGCAAGCUAAACCUACAGACUCAUCCUAUAGCGACAUUGCAGGAUAACCCUUAAUUGGUGUUCAGCAUGGCCAAUCACAUCAGUGUCCUGAGAUGCAUCCUGCUGCUGCUAUUGGCCGUCGCUCUGGCCUCGGCUUUGAGAACAUUGGACACGAAUGAAGAGCUGGAGAAGACCGGCUUCGGGACCCCGCCCCCUCGCCACGGCCUCAAACUACUCCUUUGGUAUGUCCAGACCUGCAUCGACAACAACAUGGUGUCUCUCUGUGACCCCAGGGAGGGAGCAUACGGGUUCCAUAUGUUCAAGAACUAUAAACUGUUACUCCCCAAACUGAAAGACCAGAACCUGUACAACUACUACACCAUUGGUAACCUCCAUUCCCACGGUGCAGAGAACCUGCCCUAUGAAGUGAGGCGGUACUACGACAAGGACAACCUCCUCAGCAACCAGGACAGGGUGUUGGUGAAGUACAACCAGAACAACAAUCACAUCGAGAAGAUCUACAUCUCAGAGCACUACAAGCAACGCAAGACGUACAUGAUCGGGCCCAAUCUUCUCUCCUCUCUCAGACAGCCCAGCAGGCUUGCAAUGAUACGAUAGUAUGAAUAUCAAAUCUGUACAUUAUGCUAUUCACUGUUGUUUUUCUUGACACAAACCUGAUGGCAUUACUAAACCUGUAAUAUGUCAACCUGAUUUUAUUGCUGCUGUGUUUACUGUAACGUUCUGUUUCCUUUACAGACACGCUAGAGAAGAAAAAAAAUUACAGACAGAACAUUGCGAUUCUGAGUGCACUGAAAUCAAGUUUAUUUGUGUCUGCUAUAACGCAGUCCUUGUUCAAUCAUUCCUACUGAUGUUGAUUCAACUGAUGACUUACAUGACUAUAGAAUGUGAAUGUAAUGCAAAAAAGGGUAUAUUUUUGUUGCUGUUUCCGAUUGUUUCAUGCUACUUCUUAUACAAUUUUAGAAGUGUUGAUCACAGAGUGACAGUGAUCUCUAUGCCAGUGGCGGUCGGUGCCUUUUAAAAUGAGGGAGGACGAUCAUUUUUUUUAUG